AUGGGUAGAGCACAUAAAGCAAGAGGCAAAGUAGAAUUGCCAAAAAAAUCUUCGCGUUUUUUAAACGUAAUAAUGGUUUUAGCAUUUUUAAGUGCAGUUCCUCAAAUUUUAACAACAUUUAUGUUAUCAUGGAGAGUAGCAGAUCCUAUAAAAUAUACUUUUAUGUUUAGAGGUAGUAGGCAUUAUAUUACUUUUGAUGUUACAUGGUAUGGACUUUACAGAGUACUUUAUGAUAAUAAACAUUCUGAAACAUGGAGUCAAAGAGUAGAUAAUAUGAAAAAUAGAGGAAACUUAGUAAUUCAACAAGGAAGGAAUAGUGAAUCUGCUGGAAGCUUAUCAUUAUGGACUUCUCUUUGUCCAGAGGCAUGUAGAGAAGCCAUUAUGAAACGUAUAGAAUCUUAUGAAAGAGUAGCUUUUAUUUCAUUAGUACUUUUAUGCAGCAUUAUCUUAUCAUGUACUAUUGUACUGCUAUCUAUUGGAUGGAGUAUAUUGUUCUAUAAAAAUAUAUUUAUAUUAAUGGGAUGCUUUAUUUUAUCUUUUAUUAUUAAUGCUGGUGUUGGUGGAUAUUGGUAUUAUGAAACAGAUAUGUCUUGGAAUAUUGUCUCCGGUGUACAACAAUAUCCUUUCCCCAGAUGUUCAUACUGUUUUUACAUUUUUAUGAUUACAACUGUUAUGUAUGCUCUUUGCUUUCUUGGACUAUUAAUUUUAGAUCUAGUGAAUAAAAAUAAAGAAAAAAAAUCUCAUAUGGAUCAAAUAAAUAUGCAUAAUAGGGAUCCGGUUAAUGCUAAAGGAAUGUAUCAACCAUUAUUUGGCAACCCUAGUAAUAUGAUGAUGCAAAGAAGUGCUAGUUUUAGUAAUUUAAUGCCUUUUGAUAAAGGUAUGAAUAAUGAAUACCCUAAUUUUAUGCUAUAUAAUAAAAUGAAUAUGAAUCCAAUGGGCACAUUUUCUAGUUUUAGAAAUAUGCCACCAGGCAUGCCACCAAACAUGCAACCAAAUAUGCCACCAAAUAUGCAACCAAAUAUGCCAUCACAUAUGAAUCCCAAUUUUUUCCCUCAAGUAUCAAGACAAUAUUCAUACUCUGGUUCACCUUCUUUUCAGCAAAAUUUUCAAAAUUUUGAUAAUUUUUCUAUGAGAAAUAUGCCAUCUAUGUCAGAUUUAAAUUUCGCAAGACAGUAUUCUGGAAUGAAUUAUAGUAAUAUGAAUAAUCCUUUUAAUUCACAAAAGCCAUUUAAAUUUUAA